GAUGUGAAGAAAGCCGAGAAAAAGGUCGAAAAGACCGAAAAGAAAAUAAGGAAAGAGCCGAAAGAUGCAUCUAAAAAUGUUAUGCGCGAAGUUCGCAUUCGUAAACUGUGCUUAAACAUUUGUGUAGGAGAAUCUGGUGAUAGGCUUACUCGUGCUGCGAAGGUAUUGGAACAAUUAACUGGACAACAGCCUGUCUUUUCUAAAGCUAGAUACACUGUCCGUUCUUUUGGUAUUCGUCGUAAUGAAAAGAUUGCAGUGCACUGUACUGUCAGAGGUGCUAAAGCAGAGGAAAUUCUUGAACGUGGAUUGAAGGUUCGGGAAUACGAAUUAAGGAAAGAAAAUUUCUCUGGUACUGGAAACUUUGGUUUUGGUAUUCAAGAACAUAUUGACUUAGGAAUUAAAUAUGAUCCUAGCAUUGGUAUUUAUGGUUUGGACUUCUACGUUGUACUUGGGCGACCAGGUUUCAAUGUAGCUCAUAGGAGAAGGAAAACUGGAAAAGUCGGUUUCCAACACAGACUUACCAAAGAAGACGCAAUGAAAUGGUUCCAGCAGAAAUAUGAUGGCAUUAUUAUAGCUGGAAAGAAGUAAUAUACUUUUUUGUAUUUUACAAUUCUUCCAUAAAAAGUUUGAAAACAAA